CCAGGUCACAACUUUCUCUGUCUUCAACCAGAACCCUUUCUCUCUCUACCCUCGUCUUCACCGGAAACUCUCUUUUUCAUCUCGAACAUCAAUCUAAACAAAGAUAUAUAGGAAAAGAUGGGUGACAAGAAGAAGGCCGGUGCAAUGUUGGUGAGGCUGGUUUCAGCUGCUGGGACAGGUUUCUUCUAUGUGGUGAAGAAGACAAAGAGGCUCCAAAGCAGCAACAUUAAACUCGAGUUCCGUAAGUACGACCCUCGUGUGGGCCGCCACGUUUUGUUCACUGAGGCAAAGAUGAAAUGAUUUCAUCUUCGCCUUUCAUUAAUCAUUUUUUUUUUCUUUUUUGCGUAAAGAAUUGUUCCGAUGAAGUCGGCUUACUAGGAUUUAAGAGUUUCUUACGUGACAAUGGUGUGGCUUGUGCAUUGUCAAUUUUGGCGAUAACUCCGACCCACACCUUGUCUUGCUGUUCAUUGAAAUGUUAGCUGAAUUUCUGGUAUUUGAUUUACUGAAAUACGACGUAGCUCUUUUUCAAGAAAGGUUGUGUCAACGAGGAUGACGUAAGGUUCUGGAUGAUGACAUCACAAACAUCACGAUUGAUGUAUUUGUUCGUUUAUAUUUUCCCACUUUCUCAGACUGUUGAUUCUAAACUUUUA